AUGUAUUUACCCUUACGUAAAUGCUACCAUGUGAUCAAAGUGGGCAUAUUUUUAGUGUUAAUUCUCACAAUUCUUACUUUAUUUGAACAAUGGCGCGGCGGUAAACGUUCAGCACGCGCCCAGGACUUAGUGAUGGUUCAAGAUGAAUUUGAAAGACAAAUUUUGGAGGAUGAAGCACGAAUAGUUCCAGGGCUUGGUGAAGGUGGCGUAGCAGCACAUUUAGUCGGGGAAGCAAAACGCCUUGGGGAGGAAUCUGAAAAGGCGCUGGCUAUAAACGUUUAUCUGAGCGAUCGUAUUGCAUAUAACAGGACUUUAAAAGAUCACCGUAACCCAGCAUGCGCUCGUGUUCUUUACGAUGCGGAACUCCCGUCAGCCUCAGUGAUCAUCAUUUUUCACAACGAGCCGUAUUCCGUCGUUGUCCGGACGAUAUGGAGCGUUGUGAAUAGUGCGCGUCGAGACCAGCCCUGGUAUCGACACGCCAAAUUUGUAGAUACGGCCAGUGGAAAAACUAUGAAUUUAGGGUACCCUGGUCAAGACCCCACAUCACCGUUUGUAUAUCUAAAGGAAAUCAUACUGGUGGAUGAUAAUUCAACGCUACCGGAACUGAAGGGGAAACUUAGCCACUAUAUUCGGACACGACUCCCGCCUGACCUCAUACGAAUACUAAGACUGCCAGAUCGCGUGGGUCUUACGAGGGCACGACUGGCUGGUGCUCGGUACGCCGUGGGCGAUGUUCUUGUGUUUCUGGACGCUCACUGUGAAGGCCAACCGGACUGGCUCCGUCCAAUGUUGCAGCGUAUCAAAGAUUCCCCUAAGAGCGUAGUUGUACCCAUCAUUGAUGUCAUCGAGUUUAGCAAUUUCCACUAUAGUGUCCAGGACCCGGAGGUGUUUCAGGUGGGAGGAUUUACAUUUAUGGGGCACUUCACCUGGAUAGAGGUGCCGGAAAGAGAGAAAAAACGACGAGGGUCUGACAUUGCACCCACGUGGUCUCCAACAAUGGCUGGUGGACUAUUCGCAAUGAACCGGGCGUAUUACUGGGAGCUUGGCGCCUACGACGAACAGAUGGCGGGCUGGGGAGGGGAGAAUCUUGAAAUGUCCUUCCGUAUAUGGCAAUGCGGAGGAACACUGGAAACCAUACCGUGCUCUCGUGUUGGUCACGUGUUCCGAAGUUUCCACCCGUACGGACUGCCGGCGCACACGGACACGCACGGAAUUAACACGGCACGAAUGGCAGAGGUGUGGAUGGACGAUUAUGCCGAGCUCUUCUAUUUACAUCGACCGGACUUACGUAAUAACCCCAAGAUCGGCGACGUGACACACCGUCGCAUCUUGCGCGAGAAACUCCAGUGCAAGAGCUUCCAGUGGUACUUGGACCACGUGUACAAGGAAAAGUUUGUGCCCGUGCGCGACGUGUACGGCUUCGGACGAUUUACGAACCCGUCUAGCGGUCUCUGCUUGGACACACUGCAGAGAGAAGGCGAGGCGUCUCCAUUGGGCGUAUACCCCUGCCACGAUACGUUGCAGGCCACACAGUACCUAUCUCUGUCUCUCUCCGGCGAACUGCGUGAUGAAGAAAAAUGCGCAGAGUUGCGGUAUUCCAGGCGAAAUCCAGAUGAAGAUGCCGAAGGUGAAGGCAGACAAGUGCUUAUGGUAACGUGCCAUGAAAAAGACCGUGGUCAGAAAUGGCGCUACCUUAGCAGCAAGCAGCUGCAACACGUGGAGUCGCAGCUGUGCCUGGAAGCGGGCGCGGCGCCCGGCGCCGACGUGUCGGCGCGCCGCUGUCGGCGCCAGGCGGCCGCGCAGCGCUGGCACAUCGACUACAGCGAGGACAACCACUUCCGCGCUACGAAUGAAGUGGUACCUAGCGAGCAGGAACUGAGGCUACAACGGUUAAGAGGACAACGCCGAAUAUCGCGUUCGCUUCUCUCGUAUGAGCCUGAUAACGAAACAAAGGCUUCGCGAAGAGCUCACGGCAAGUCGAAGCACCGCGGUAAGAAGUCAAAGAAGCGAAGUAAAAAGAAGCAAACAAAGAACAAGUUCAUCCUCAAACUGGUCCGAUCUGCAACAAACAACACAGAAGAACACUUGGAGGUCGACAUACACUGCAAACAUCAGAAAUUAUAUCCGAAUAAUACCUUCGUGAGGGAUCUCGUGACGAUCCUCAAUGACAAUAACAUUAAGGUAAUUAACAACGGUCGAAUCUUCGAGCGGAAUAAGGUGACAGACCUUGGCAAGAGUCAGAAAGUGGAGAAAGUUUUGAAAAAGAUGGACCUUAAAGAAUCUUCAGAUGAUACAUUAACGUCCAGAACUAUUGUUCCGGCCAUGAUAUCGCCGCAGAGUCCACCGAAACUAGCCGCACCAUUGCAGCAGGUUGCGAAACAGUCAUGGCGUGGUGGGAAAAAACUAACACCUGGUAGACUCGGUGCGGACAGUCCACCUUUGGAUGCCAUGGGCUCCGUCAACAUGGAAGGCAACGGCAUAAAUGAUCCCAUAGCGGAACCACCGUCACAGAACAAGAUCAUCGUCGAGGAGUUUGUGGAAGUGAAACCAUUGUCGGCCAGCACUGAACCACCACAGCGUGUCACAAAAAAGCACAAACGUCGACGCAGACGGACAACGCCCGCUCCGCAGUUCGAUGCGGACGACAUUGAGGACACGCCGCUCGAAUUUAAACCCAGAGCAUAUCUGCAGGAGUGGGAAGAGGAUUCUGAAAAGGACAAUAAAGUACUAUCAACAGAGGAUAAGGAUGGCUCCUUGAUGAUAAGCGUGGAAAGUGAACAUCACACAUCGUCCGGGUCGUCACGCUCGCACGGGAGCCCGGCCGUGCUCAUCCAGAGGCUGCAGCGGGCGCACCCGCACUCGCGCGCGCAUCAACAAACGAAUGAGCAUUCAAAAGAAUAUUCGUCGCACCAAUCGGUGGCUGCUAAACCACGCCCACACAGUCGCAGCGUUGACAAACCGCCGGUGAAGGUGGUGAUGAAAAGCAACCUCACGUUUAAUCUUGACGAUGCGUUCUUCAGCUGGAGACGCAACGAUAAAGAUGUUGAAAAUUUACUGGACGAGCUAGGGAUACCACUGAACACAUCGCGUGUCGUGCCAUCUAUUCAAAGCUGGAGGAAACCUGUACGAGUCGGUAGUGAGUUGCCAAUAACUAGCAACAUAUUAUCUCAGCCUUCAGCAACAAAUGACACGGAAGAUGACGAGUCCUCAGGCACUUAUGAGAGUGCCAGCAAAGAGACAUAA